AGGGAGUAGCCAGAUAUUUGGGGAUGAAUUCAAGGGGUCCCUGGAAAAUUCAGGGUGAGCUCAGAGACUUGGGGGUGACCUCCUCGGGGGGGAAGGUUUCGGGGGCAGAGAUUUUGGAGACACCUCAAGAGAGGGAUUUUAGGGGGGGAUUUUGCAGGGGGGGAAAUUCUGGGGGGACCUUGGGGAGAACCCACAGAGAUCUGAAGUGGGGGGACCCCCACCCAUUCGCUGCUGGGGGGGCUAACAGUCCCGGCCAGCUGGCAAACGGAUACAGCUGGCAAGGCCCCGGGCACCGGGCGGUUUCCUCCCCCACGCCCUCUUCCCCACGUCCCCUUACGCAAGACCUAGACGCCAGCGCCCGCCACAAGCUGGCCGCAGCCCGGGACUCGCUGGCCACCCCCUGGAACCUGCAAAGGGGCCCCCGGCCAGGGUGCUGGCAGCACCCCCAGAUCCCGGCAGCACCCCCUGGGCCAACCCAGGCCUCGCUGGGCUCCAGAGAGGGGCCCGGGGAGCUGAACCCCGCCCUGCCUGCGGGGGUCCAGACCCCCCUGGUUUGGCGAAGGGGGAAAAGGGACUCCGAGGGGAGCUCAAGGCAGCAGGAUCAGCGGCAGCAACACAGGAAACGCUCGGUUCUGCACCUGGCCCCCAGACAUCACUCCACCAACAAUGAGGGGGACAUGACUGAGAUCUGGUGGAAGCCGUUCCUGCAGCAGGGCCGGGCGCUGGAAGUGAGUGGGCCGGAAGUGACCGUGAAGCAGACGGGAUUGUACCUCAUCUACAGCCAGGUGCUGUUCCACGACCCCACGUUUACCAUGGGGCAGGUGCUGUGGCGGGCGUCAGCCGGGGGGCCGGGGCAGAUCCUGCUGCGGUGUGUGCAGAGCAUGCCCCGCGAGCUGGAGCAGGCUUACAACAGCUGUUAUAGCGGAGGCGUUUUCCAGCUGCAGCGUGGGGACCAGCUGAGUCUCCGUGUCCCCCGGGCCAACGCGUCUCUGGACCUCAGCCCACACGGGACCUUCCUGGGCUUGGUCCGCCUGUAGGGGGCCGGCCACCCCACCCCCCUCCCACCCCCAGGAGUGUAAGGGACCCAGGCGUCCGAGGAGCUGCAGAGGGACUCGGCCAGAUGGAACCCAGGCAUCCGGGGAGCUGCAGAGGGAAUCGUCCAGAAGGGACCCAGGCAUCCGGGGAGCUGCAGAGGGACUCAUCCUGAAAAGGGACCCAGGCAUCCAAGGAGCUGCAGAGGGACUCGGCCAGAUGGAACCCAGGCAUCCGGGGAGCUGCAGAGGGACUCAUCCUGAAAAGGGACCCAGGCAUCCAAGGAGCUGCAGAGGGAAUUGUCUGGAAGGGACCCAGGCAUCCGGGGAGCUGCAGAG